AUGGAGCCUCCGCUCUGGAUCAUUGGCGUGACGCUCUCGCUCGCAGCCACGCUCUUCGGGACGCUGGGCAAAGUGCUGCUGAAGCUGUCGCACACGUCGUCGCAGGCGCUGUGGGUCAAGGCAGCGGCCACCGUGUGCGUGUUCCUGCUUAACCCGGUGCUCGACGCCAUCAGCUACGCGUACGCAGCGCAGUCAAUCUUGGCGCCCAUGGCCGGCUUCAGCGUCGUGUGGAACAUCAUCCUGUCGCCAUCUCUGCUGGAUGAGAAGCUGUCGGUACAAGACUUGAGAGGCUCGGCAGUCAUUUUGCUGGGGUGUUUGCUGGUUGGUCUGUCUGGAAGUCACGACACGCCGACACAUUGCAGUACCGAGCUCUUUGCGUUGUUUCGAAGCCGCGUCUUCGUCGAGUACGCUGUUUUCGCAGUGUGUACUGCUGUGACGUUGGUGUGGGUCAUUUGCAAAUGUCAUCAGAAGAGCGGUUGGAGGAGGUUUGCAUUUGGUGCUCUAUCGGGUCUCAUCGGUGGCAAUCUCUUCUUCCUGAAGGCUUCGAUUGAGCUGCUUGGCGAAGGUGGAGCUGUUUGGUCGAACCCAGAGACUUACCUUAUCAUUGCAGCAGCCCUGUCGUCAGCAGGCGGCGGUAUUUUCGUGCUAGACCGAGGUUUGCGCGAGUACGAAGCGCUUUACCUCGUCGCAAUCUACCAGGCAUUUCUGAUUCUGAUCGGCUCCAUUUCGGGCGUGGUCUUUUUCCAUGAGAUUGCAGGCAUGAAUGCGUGGUGGCAGCAAAUUGUCUACCCUUUCGGCAUAGUCUCGACUGUGGGUGGCAUAGUUGUCCUGUCCGAGAGACAUACUGAGCACUAUGAUCCGGUGCAUCCAAGCGUUGCGAUGAAUGGAGUCAAGCAUGGUGAAAUCUUGCCGCUCAUUGUAUCAGCAGUCGACAAAGCCAAGAACGGCUCGACACACGGCAGCACCGAGGUCGUGUGA